CGCCGCUCGUGGAGGCGCUGGGCGGAGCCUCCCCUUGUCCUCCAAUCAGAGGCGGGACGGGGCCGGGCCUCGUUCAGCCUCCGCCAAUGGGCGGCGGCGGGGGCGUGGCGCGCGUGGGGUCUGGCGGAGCGGCGCUCGGGGCGGGCAGAGGCCGCCGCUCCCCCCCCGCCGCCGGUCGCGGCCCGUCCCGGCCCCGCCAUGGCCGCCCCCCCCCGCCUCGGCAUCCAGAUGCUGCUGGAGGCCGCCGAGUUCCUGGAGCGGCGGGAGCGAGAAGCCGAGCACGGUUACGCCUCGCUGUGGCCCGGCGGGAAGGACGGGGAGGCCCCGCGGCGCCGCGCCAAGGCCCGGAGGAGCGGCGGCGGCGGCAGGUCGACACACAAUGAAAUGGAAAAGAACAGGCGUGCCCAGCUCCGGCUGUGCCUGGAGAGGCUGAAGGGGCUGGUGCCACUGGGGGCGUCGGCUGGGAGGCACACAACGCUCAGCCUCCUCACCAGGGCCAGGCUCCACAUCCAGAAGCUGGAGGACCAGGAGCGCCGGGCCCUGCACCAGAUCGAGCAGCUGCAGCGGGAGCAGCGGCACCUCCAGCGGCAGCUGGAGAAGCUGGGAAUGGAGCGGGUCAGGAUAGACAGCAUCGGCUCCAGCCUCUCCUCCGAGCGCUCCGACUCGGAUCAAGGUGAGAGCCCGCGCUGGGGGACGGCCGGCGAGGGGCCUGGCCGUGCUGGAGCUCCAGCCAUUCCCGUUCCUCCGGCAGAAGAGAUGGAUGUGGAUGUGGAGAGCACGGACGACCUCCCUGCUGACCUGGACUGGAGCAGCAGCAGCCCCAGCGACUCGGACGAGCGCGGGAGCCUCCAGAGCCUGGGCAGCGACGAGGGGUAUUCCAGCUCCGGCGGGACCAGGGCGAAGCUGGCCAGCGGCCGGAAGCUGCCUGUCGGCGUUUAGGAAGAGCCGCCGCGCCCUUGGGCUCCCGUUAGCCAGCACACCGACCUGCCAGCAUUCCCUGCACGGAAACACCCGAGCCCAGCUCCAGCUGCUCCGGGGCUCCGGGCCUGCAUUCCAGCCACGCCUCAGCGCCCGGGAAUAUCCUGGCAAUAACAGCCGCCUCAAGAGCCUUCCCUGGGUUCUUUCCCAGGCUGUCACUGCCCGGUAUUCCCGAUCUUCUCUACUUUUGGGUGGUGACAUCACGUUCCUGAUCCUCAGGACCCAAAAAGCUGAGUUUUCGGGAGGAGAUCCGAAGAGAGAACCGGUCCUUUGUGGAGUUUCCAUCCAUGACAGAGUGGAGCCAGGCUGGGAACACGGAGCAUUUCGGGCACAGGGAUCAGCCUCAGUCGGGGGUUCCUUCCCCCGACUCUAAAUAUUCAGGGACACCCCAUCCCAGCCCCCCAGAGCAUUCCUGGCGUGGGGAGCAGCGCUCCGGGGGCUCAGAGCCAUCCUCCCCCCUUGGUUUGGCCACCUCCGGGCUCCCUAAACCCAAAGGGGACGUCCCACCUGCCGUGGCACGGCAUUCCAGACUCCUGGAAUUCCCUUUCCACACUUCUAGUCUCGGGGACAAUUUUUUCUACCUCGGAGGGAGCCCACAGACUCUCUCCACCCCUUCAGCACAAAGAUGAUGCCUCUGCUCAGCAAUAACCCCACGGGCCUCCCCGGAUCGUGUCCAUCCAUCCAGGAUGUUUCCAGGCUCGUGGAGAUUUCCAGAACCCACCACAGGGAGGGCAGCCCCGGGGGCAGGGGGUCCGAGCCAGAGCUGUCCGUGGUGUGGAUUCAUUUCCCAGUGCACUGGAGGGAGCAUUCCCAUCACUUCCUGCUUUUAGAGAUGCUCUGGGAAUGUUGACAUGUAGAUAGCUCCGCUUCCAACACCUUCCUUUUCCCCUCGAGCUGCUCCAAGAGCUUUUCCAGCCCUCGUGAGGAAUCAGCAAGGAGCCCUCCAGGGCUAUUCCCAGCGCUGGGAUACAAACCUUGACCCUCUGCUGGUCCCUUUCAGGAAACACAGGUGCUGGAAGGCAUCGAGAUGAUCCACGGAGUGCAAGGGGAUGAGCAGCAGGAGACUCCAGUGCUUUUUCCUUUCCUUUGUCUUUUUGCCUCUUCCUUCCUUUUUUCUUUCCCUUUUUUUCCCUUUCUCUUUUCCUUUUCUUCUUACCCCUUUCCUCUUUUCCUUUUCCUUUUCCUUUUCCUUUUAUUCUUACCCCUUUCCUCUUUUCCUUUUCCUGUUUCCCUUUUCUUCUUUUCCUGUUCUCCUCCUUUCCUGCUUUUCCUUUCCUUCUUUCCUCUUUUUCUGUUCCUCUUUCCCCCUUUCUCAUUUUCCCCUAUUCCUUUCCUUUUCAACACCCCAAUCCCAUUCCUGGCUCAUAUGGGCAAGUGGGAAGCCACCCACAAGCCCCACAAGUUGCCCAAAUCCCCCAGGUUCUUGCUCUUUUUCCAUGUGCUGGCUCCUAAGAGAAAAAAAAAAAAAAAAAAAAAAAAAAAAAAAAAAAGCCAAACAAAACAAACAAAGAAAAACAACAAACCAUAAGGAAUUUUCCUUUAAAGCUGGAAUCUUCCUCCCUCUGGCAUUGCCACAGACCAUGGGCACCUGAGCUCAACCCCCUGCACCAUCAAAAAGAGGGAAAAAAAGGCAAAAAGAUGGAAAACGCCGAGAAAAAAGAGGAAUAUCAGCCUUGGGGGCCGGUGGCUCAGGUGGCUUUUGCCUUCACCUGGGGAAUCCCAGCAGAACCCUGUGGGCAGGUGAUUCCUGGCGUUGGGAAGG